AUGGAAACUCCGCAAAGAGGAGCUCACAGGUUAAUCCAAGUGAUGCUGGUGAUACUAUUAAGAGAAAUUGCAGUACAUACCAGCCUCUCAAUUGUUACUGGCCGAGAAGUCAAAUUUGGAGACGACAAUGACCAGGACGACGAUGAUGACAAUGACACUAACAAUGGCCUUGAUGUCGAAAGUGACGAUGACGCUAACAAUGACGAUGACAACGACGACAACGAUAACGUUGGUAAAAGUGACGGAAAUGAGUGUGGUGUUGAUGAGUGUGAUGAUGAUAAUGGUGACUGUAAACGUGACGAUGACGACAGUGAUCCUGGUGAUGGCAAUAAUGGCGGCAACGACGACAAUGAUGAUGAUACUAACAAUAACCUUACUAACAAUGACGAUGACAACGACGACAACGAUGACGGUGGUAAUAGUGAUGGAAAUGGUGACCGAAAACGUGACGACGAGGACGGUGAGCUUGGUGAUGGCAAUAAUGGCAGCGAACACGACGGGACAGGGUAG